AUGUUUGAAAUCAGUGGAACGAAGGUGUUGAUUACCGGCGGAGCUUCAGGCUUAGGCGCCGCUUAUGCGGAGGGUUUCCUAAAGGAAGCUGAUAAACUAGGUGAAGCUACAGUCAAAAGACUGAACCAGCUGUAUCCAGGAAGUGCCACCUUCAUAAAAUGUGACGUCAGCAAAGAGGAGGACAUCAGUAGAGCCUUCAAUGAAGUGGUCAGCGAGUUCGGCUACAUCGAUCAAGGCUUAAUCUCUUUUACAAUGAAGGGUGUUAAACACAUGAGGAAGGACGAUCCCUCGUUGAAUGCCGGUCGUGGAGGUACAAUUAUCAACAUAUCAUCGGUUGCUGCCAUCUUAAAAAGUCCAUUUACACCCAUAUAUUCUGGUUGUAAGGCAGCAGUGAUGCACUUCAGUCAAACACUAGCGAUGGAGUCGUUUUACGAGAACACGGGGAUUAGAAUCUUGACCAACUGCCUCGGGGCGACGGACACCGCUCUACUCCACAACUUGGAGAAGAGAUCAUACGACCCAAAAAUAGGGGAGAAUGUCAACAAAAAAAUCGAAGAAUUACGUAUCAUAUACCAAAAGUGA